CGCUGGGAGCGCAAGCCGUGAAUGAGGACGUACUGCCAACCUGUUGAUAACGGAGAAGACGAUGACCUUGAUUAACUAUGCUGGAAUGUGGUGAUACAAAUAACACGACGUCAAAACCUACCCUUCGACUAAGAAGACGGAGUUCAAGGUUGCAAAUAAAACAUUCCUUCGCGCUGGAGGAAAACUUGAGAAAAAAAUCGAUACAGUAAAAGUUGACUAGCAAGUGUGACUGUGAGCGUGAUCAGUGAUGACAAAAACAUUUGAAACGUAUCUAAAAGAAAUGCGUCCGCUAUCUCUAAUAGGAAAUCACGCAAGCUUCUUAAUUUGUCGGAGGACAGAGCAGGUGUAUUGUGCCCAUUGUUAACAAGCCUUGCAACUCAACAUUAUUGAACAUCUUUGGUCGGGAUGUCCAUACCUAUGUGAACAUAGCUAUAUGAAAUGGUGUCCACCUGUCUUACAAACUGGGGAGGGAUGACCUGAGAUGACCAUUCAAUUCACAAUGAAAGCGCUGAUCUUUCUGUGUAUCGGAUUUUGGACGUCUUGUAUGAGCAACAAAAGCUGUCCGAAUCUCACCAUUGACAGCUGUCGUUGCACUUCUGAGAGGUCCAAGGAGUUGAACAGACAACUCGUCCGAGUGAAAGUUGUUUGUGACGAUGUGGAAUUAUUGGACACCUUACAACCCAGCUUUUUACUCAACGAAACAGUUUCCUUGAUCCUCAGCAACAACAAGAUUUCCUUGGUGAGGAACGGCUCCUUCUAUGGUCUGGCCGCUCUGGAGAAACUGGACCUGAGGAAUAAUUUGAUUAGCACACUGGAGCCCGGAGCCUUCCGUGGACUGCUGGUUCUUAGAAGACUGGAUCUGUCCAACAACAGGAUUGGCUGCCUCUCUCCUGAAAUGUUCAUAGACCUUGGCAAUCUUUCCAAGUUGAACCUUUCUGGAAAUAUUUUCUAUUCCCUGCCUGCGGGUCUCUUCAUCAACCUUCGGUCUCUCAGAGUCCUGCACUUCAGUACGGAGUCUCUGUUCUGCGACUGCCAGCUGGAGUGGCUGCUGCUGUGGGCCCGGGCCAACGGCGUCCGCAUCGCCAACGACACCCUGUGCGUGUACCCCAACCACCUCCACGGCCUGGAGUUCCGCAACCUCCGAGAACAGCAGCUCCGAUGUGACGGACCCCUGGAGCUGCCCCUCUUCCAGCUGAUCCCAUCCCAAAGGCAGCUGGUGUUCCGGGGGGACAGGCUGCCCCUGCAGUGUACCGGCUCCUACCUGGAGCCCCAGGUGAGCCUGCACUGGCGCCACAACGGCCAGCCCGUCCACACCCAGGAGGAGAGGGGUGUCUACCUGGAGGACACGCUGCUCCACGACUGCUGCCUGCUCACCAGUGAAGUCAUCCUUUCCAACAUUGACGUCGGUGUUUCCGGCAUCUGGGAGUGCCAGUUGACCAGUUCCCGUGGCAACAAGUCCCGCCAGAUGGAGAUAGUGGUGUUGGAGACGUCAGCCCAGUACUGCCCUGUGGAGAGGGUCAUUAGCAACAAGGGACACUUCAGGUGGCCAAAGACCUUGGCGGGAAUCCUAGCCUUUCUGCCCUGUGCCCCCCCCACCUUUGGCUCUGCCCCCCACCCGCAGGGCAUCGUCCCUCCCCACCCCAACCAGAGGGAGAAGAAGGCCUGGCGCCACUGUGACCGGGAGGGCAGGUGGGCGGAGGACGAUUACACCCAGUGCCCGUAUGCCAGCGAGGUGACCCGUGUGCUCCAUGAGCUCACCCAGAUGCCCAUCAACGCCACCAAUGCCCAGCCCUUAGCCCAGCAGCUGGUGGCCUUCACCAGCAGGGCGGCAGACUUCACCCACGUGAUGGACGUCAUCUUCGUCACACACCUGGUGGAGCGGCUCACGCGAUUGGUGGACCAACGCAAAGACCUGGGGGACUACAUCUCCGACAUCGCCAGUAACAUGAUGCUGGUGGAGGAACAUGUUUUGUGGAUGGCCCAAAACGAGGCCAGAGCCUGCACGCGCAUUGUGCAAUGUGUGGAGCGCAUCGCCGACCAAGCCCUCAACAGCGAUACCCGGGCCAUAUCCAAGGUGUCUGCUAACAUAGCCCUGGAGGCCUUCCUUAUCAGGCCGUCUCAUUUUCUGGGUCUGUCCUGCACGGCUGUCCAGCGCCCCCCCCGAGGUCCUCUCCCUCGGGGGCCGGUCCGGCACAGGGCUGGCGAGGACCCCGUCGGAGACGCCCUGCUCAACUUCAAAUGUCACACGGUCAACAGCAGCACCGGUCCCCACGCCAACCCUCUGACAAAGAACUCAGUGGCAGUCGCCUCAAUCCAUGUACCACUGGCUGGUACGCCUAUCCCCUCAGCGUUGCAAUCUGUUGAUAACUCGACUUGCAAGCUGCAGUUUAUUGUCUUUCGAAAUGGGAAACUCUUUCCUUGCACAGGGAAUUCUUCAAAUCUUGCAGAUGAUGGAAAACGUAGGAGUGUUUCAACACCAGUUGCUUUCACCAAAUUAGAUGGGUGCAGCCUCGGAAGCGCCGUGCACUCCGUUACCAUCGCUCUCAGGCACUUUGCGCUGGGUGUAGACCCCACCGCAGCCUAUUGGGAUUUUGACUUGCUAGAUGGGCACGGUGGCUGGCGGGCAGAGGGGUGCCACAUAACAGGCUCCGCGGGCAACACGACCACUAUUCAUUGCACUCAUCACAAUAACUUUGCUGUGCUAAUGGAUCUGAAGAAUGUGCUGUCUUUCCCCCCGUACCCUGGGGAGUUUCUGCACCCUGUCGUGUAUGCCUGCACGGCGGUCAUGUUGCUCUGCCUCUUCGCCUCCAUCAUCACAUACAUCGUGCACCACAGCACCAUCCGUAUCAGUAGGAAGGGAUGGCACAUGCUCCUCAACUUCUGUUUCCACACGGCCCUGACCUUCGCAGUGUUCGCCGGGGGCAUCAAUCGAAUCAAAUACCCCAUCAUCUGUCAAGCCGUUGGCGUGGUGUUACAUUACUCAUCUCUCUCCACCAUGUUGUGGCUGGGGGUGACGGCCAGGAACAUUUACAAGCAGGUGACCAAGAAGCCACCACAGACCCAGGACGGUGACCCACCAGCGCCCCCCAGACAGCCUCUGCUGAGGUUUUAUCUAGUCAGUGGCGGAGUGCCUCUCAUUAUCUGUGGGGUCACGGCGGCCACCAACAUUGAAAACUAUGGCAGUGGAGAACAGGCUCCAUACUGCUGGAUGGCAUGGGAGCCCAGUCUAGGAGCUUUCUACGGUCCAGUGGCGUUCAUCGUCCUGGUAACCUGCAUCUACUUCCUGUGCACAUUCGUCCAUCUGCGGCGCCACCCGGAGAGGAAGUACGAACUGAAGGCCCUGACGGAGGAGCAGCAGAGACUGGCGUCCGCCGACCUGGCACAGUGCCACCAGGGGGAGCCGGGCGCCCAACCCACCAGCGGGCCCUGCCCCCCGGGCUGCCCCGGCAUCAUCAACCCGUCGCUCCUGGCCAACGAGCACUCCUUCAAGGCCCAGCUACGCACGGCCGCCUUCACCCUCUUCCUCUUCCUGGCCACCUGGGCCUUCGGGGCGCUGGCCGUGUCCCAGGGCCACUUCCUGGACAUGAUCUUCAGCUGCCUGUAUGGUGCCUUCUCCGUCACGCUGGGUCUGUUCGUCCUCAUCCACCACUGCGCCAAGCGAGACGAUGUCUGGCACUGCUGGUGCUCCUGCUGCCCCGGCCGACAGGCCAACAACGGCUGCCACGCCCGCCCCAAGGUCAACGUGAACGGGGAUACGCACAGCCACGGGCACAGCCACUGCCACCUAGACUCUCCGUGCCCGGGCAAGGCCAUGAUGGGCUGUGGCCACGGCCCUCCCUCCGGUCACUGUAAGUUCAGCGGGCUGGCGUCGUCGGGCCAGAACCACGUCACCUGCCUGGCACCCGCGACCCCCUGCUGUGCCGCCCUGCACAGCCAGCAGCUGAUGGAGGAGGAGCCGGCCCCACACGUGCUCCUGCAUGCCGACCCCGAGGGCUACCGGCCUGGCAUCCAUCUGCACCGCUGCCUCAAGGGCAGCACCAGGACUAAGGGCCGCCACUUUGGGCGCCAGCGGGCGGGGGCGGGGGCAGGCGGAGCAGGCUCCGGGGGGGAACGGGAGUACGCCUACCACAUCCCCUCCAGCGUGGACGGCGGCAGCGUGCACAGCUCCCACACGGACAGCCCUCACAGCACACACGAGCGCCACGCCCACCUGUGCCACCUGGCCCACGAGGGCCACCACGAGUGUCACCACGAAGGGCACCACGCGUGCCAUGUCAUCGCCCCUGAGGCCCUGGCGUGCCACAACACCUGCCACCGGCAUAUCUGCUGCGCCAAGACGGACCUCUUCCCCACCUUGUGCCAGGCGGAGGCGGGCGACACGGGCACCUUCCUGUGCGGCUGUGGCAAGAUGGCGGAGGAGGACUUGAUGGCGCCGCAUCACCACCUGGAGAUGCACCCGCGCAGACAGUCCUACCCGCAGAACCCACCCAAUCAGAACGGGAUUCUAAAGGGCGGCCUGCAUGAGGGCUUCCUGUAUGCGUCGGACAGCACGGGGAAUAUACGCACCGGACCCUGGAGAAACGAAACUACUGUGUAGCCACCCCACCCUUCCUUCCUUCCUCCCCCCCCCCCCCCCCCCCGCUUCCCGCCCGUAUCUUCUUUUCCAGAUCCGCACCUCACUCCCUUUCUAGGAUUUAACAAUGAAGCGAGCUGUUCAAAAACACAUCACAUGCAGUUUUUUUUUUUUACUUUCAUGUCGCAUUUCCUGUGUUUUCAAAGCUCUUAUUUCACUGUACAGUUAAAUGACAGCCAGUGACGGCCAGCCAUGCAGUCAGCAGAACAGAUCUGUCUCCCUAAGGGAGGCCAGGGAACCCUACCGCCAACAGACAUACCUCUUAUCCAAGGUAUAUUUACCUCCAUGUGACAGAUCUGUGUGAGAAUGUGGAUGUGUGUGUGGGGGUGUGGAUAGAUACAACUUCUCUACGAGUUUUAAAAGGAGAAUCUAAUUCUGUUGACUAGACUCGGUCGUGUCAUUCCAGUACUUCAAAGAAAAACUCUUGGUUUUCAUGUUUUAGACAAACAAACCAGCAAUUAGAGUCCAUUUUGUUAUAUUUCUGCCAGUGAAAAAAGCGUACUAACUGUAUACUGUGAAUAUCAACUAGUGGUUUCUUAGUAAAUAUACAAAGAUUACUGAUCUCACCAGAGUUCUGUGGAUGCCAAUAAGUUGUGGAAAUUAAAAAAGACAACUGAAAAGUUAAGUGAACCCCACAUUACUGAGUAUUCUGUUCCAGGUUUAUAUUGAAUGUCCUAUGUGUAUGAUGUCUUAACUGUUGUGUCUUUUGGAGACGUGUUCAGCAACAAUAACAGCAUCUACAUUAUGUAUAGUGCCCGGUGCUAGAGCUAGGUGGGAUUGUUUGUGUCACUGUUUACCAUGAUAUCCAAUCAAACACAGUGCCACACAGAUCAACUUCCUGUUGACUUAUUCUAUUAUUGGAUCCUCUCUCUACUUUCAACACUUUCACAACAUAUACUAAACAGAAGGAGCUACACUGAGCAGAUGGUGCCAGUGAUCAAUGCUAAAUUACAAUCAUGUCUUUGCUUUCAAUAGAGACCCCAGAGCAUGCACGCCUUGUUGUAUGUAGCUACUAUAUGUCGUGUGUUUUUCCUGUUACAUUAAUGCGCAUUCAUUUGAUAUUGAGUUUGACUCGCUGAUCAGGCGAGAACACAGCAACAGGCAUAUUUUUUCUUGCUGUUUGCUAUCAUUAUGCUAUUAUUGUCCUUGUUACUUCUGAGGCAAUGCUGUGUGGAAAUGCAGUGUUUAUUGUCAUCAAGGUCACCGUCACUUUGAAGCGCUGCCUCACCACAGAGCAUGAAAGAUAUGCUUCUUGCAGAGUGUGAAUGAUGGUGGUGGUAUCGAGUUAACUGCGUCGCAAUAUUGCGACCAGUGAUUCAGCAUUGACAUGGCAGGUAACCACAGAAUAAACUGCAACUAUAUUACAGCUACCAGCAAAAAUCCCCAUGAUUUGCACUCCAUGUUUCCAUCUAUCCAUCCAUCCAUAUAUUUAUCCAUAAUGUGCACUCUCCUCUGAUGUAUAUAUAAAUUGUUUCCGACUGAUUCUUUUAUAUGAGAUUUAAGAUAUUUAAGAGUAAAUAAAUCUAUCUGUAAAGAAAACACAUGGGAAAAACAUUCCUCUCUAUGUUAAUGCUCAGUAUCUGAGUUUAGAAAUGUCACAAGUUUUUGCAUUUAUUUUGUUGUUGUUGGCGUUUCUGUUCCAUAUAAAGUUUUAAGACUUGACUCCAUUGAGUAUGCCACCACUGUUUUUGAACUCAAUCUACAUUUUAAUCGGCUCUGGCCAGAACGCUAGAAAUAUCGUAAGAUAGAGACGGUAUUUUCAAUAGGAAUAUCAAAUGAAAACAUGCAAGGUAACGUUUCAUUUGAAGACAGGGAAAAUAAGAGACUUUUAGAAGUAAAAAGAUGAAGCAUGACUUCCUUUGUCCUUAUUUAGUGGAAUAAUUGACUUUGUGACAGUAUCACCUGUGACAAACCCUAUAGUCCCUGGUAUCACCCCUUCAAAACCUCGUUCUACAGUACAUGUCAAGAAGAUUUUGCUUUUGUGUAAAUGCUGUACAUUCACCCAUGUUACUGUUGCAAAGUGAGCCUGUCAUGUUUCUGAAGCUGUGUGUUUGGUACCAUAGUCCACCAGUCUUCUUUUCAGCAGAACUACUGCCAGAUUUAGCCUGAGGUAGCCCCUCUGACCUCUGUCUAGGUUCACCUGUGGUACUGUAACAACACCCAAAGCCACAUCUCACCUUUUUUCUACAUCAACACGGAUUCCAAUAAAUGUAUUU